AUGGGCACCGUAAAGGACCCCGCGUCCGAUAACCCCCCAUCGCAGCCCCGCGUCUUCAUCCAAAUGUCCGGCGCCCCCGGUUCCGGCAAAAGUACGUUGGCCCGACUCCUCCGCCAGUCCCUCGGCGGCGUCGUCCUCGACCACGAUGUCCUCCGAUCGUCCCUCCUCGAAGACACCAACCUCACCUUCGACACCAUCGCCAAACAAGCCUACAACCUCCAAUGGGCCCUCGCCCGCGAUAUCGCCUCCCAAGGCUGCAACAUAAUCAUCGACAGCCCCUGUAAUUUCCAAGAAGGCCUCGACCAGGGCUCCGCCAUCGCCGAGGAACACGGCAUGGUGUACUGGUACGUUGAGUGUCGAGUCGCAGACCUGGACGUGUUAGACCAGCGGAUGCGCGCGCGGACACCGAUGAGGAGUCAGCGGACUGGUGUGGAGAGGCCGCCGGAGGCUGCGAGGGUUGAGAGGCAAGGUGAGGAUUCGCGGGCGCUUUUUAGGAGGCGGUUUGAGGCGCCGUGCCGGCCGUCGGGGGGGAAUGUGGCUGAGGUUGACUCGAUGGGGGAUGUGGAGGGGGUGAGGGAUCGGGUGCUGGAGCGGAUUUUGGGGGCUACGUCGGGGGUGUAG